AAAGACAAUAAUCUCGUGCGCGAGCAAACUCCAAUAAUUUUUGGAUAAAAAUAGGCCAUCACCUUCCUUGUCGCAGUUUGGCAGCUGUCGUUUUCAAUCACCUUGGAAAAAAACGUAAACGCUGAGAUAGACGGACAAGUUGACUGAUGUGUUGACCACAGAUAUUGACCCAACGACACCAAACAGAGAGAUAAAUGUGGCGACGGAUCUCGGAAGACGACAGAGGAGUUGAACACUGAAUGUGAAACAUUGCUGAAGAUUGUUCAAGAUUGGCCGGAUUUGCAACAAACACAGGCACAGUAAUCAAGAUUAAAGGCGAGGAAUUCUGGAUUGUCGGGUGUUGACUGACUGUCAGAUACUGGGCGUCAUCAAGGGCACACAUGGCCCAUACAGUGCAGGACCACCAGAUGGCACAGCCCCAGGCAGCAGUGCUGUCUCUCCCUCCCUCCGGCCAGGCUAAAAGAUGGACAGUGUUGGACUCCCUGCUAUGUGGAGCAUUGGCAGGAGCCGUGGCCAAAACAGUCAUAGCUCCUCUGGACAGAACCAAGAUCAUCUUCCAAGUGUCUUCACAAAGAUUCUCUGCUAAGGAAGCCUUUAGACUCCUCUACUGUACAUACAUGAAAGAUGGCUUCCUCAGUCUGUGGAGGGGCAACUCUGCCACCAUGGUGCGGGUCAUCCCCUACGCUGCCAUCCAGUUCUGCUCCCACGACCAGUACAAGAGAAUCCUGGGGGGAUACUAUGGCUUCCAGGGAAAAGCCCUUACUCCUUUUCCACGUUUCCUGGCAGGGUCGUUGGCUGGCACCACAGCUGCCAUGCUCACCUACCCCCUGGACAUGGUGCGGGCCAGGAUGGCAGUGACACCCAGACAAAUGUAUAGCAACAUUAUGCACGUGUUUGUGCGCAUUACGCAGGAGGAGGGCAUUAAGACCCUGUACAGAGGCUUCUGCCCGACCAUCCUGGGAGUGAUCCCAUACUCAGGAAUCACCUUCUUCACAUAUGAGACCCUCAAGAAACUGCAUGCAGAGAGGACUAGGCGGUCCCAGCCAUACUCGUACGAGCGUUUGGCAUUUGGCGCGUGUGCUGGCCUACUCGGCCAGUCGGCCUCUUACCCACUGGACGUGGUUCGCCGACGCAUGCAGACGGCCGGGGUGACGGGCCAACAGUACGGCAGCGUCCUGAACACCAUGAAAGCGAUCGUGGUGCAGGAGGGUGUGGUGCGUGGACUCUACAAGGGCCUCAGUAUGAACUGGAUAAAAGGGCCUAUCGCUGUGGGGGUCAGCUUCACCACCUUUGACCUCAUGCACAACCUCCUGCACAAGAUGCACCAGUUGGGAUACUUCACACACUGAGCCAGCAGAGGGAGCCAGAGGAAAGGUUCACUGUCGAGACUAGAGUUGUCGUCCGUCGGUCACAGACACAAUAUGGAUCCUCUGCAAGUCAGAUAGGGAUUGAAAGGGGAGAGUGGAUACUGGACAGACAGGAGGAGACAGAAGCUGUCAGUUUAUUUAAGCGCACAUCCUCUGACACACAUUAAGCACGCACAGACCCCCCACUCUCGCUGUUGAUGGAUGGGAUGUUUGUACUAAGGCUACAAUAAGUGUCAUCAAACAGGGUAGAUGUUUGAUGAGUUUGCAAUAUGAGAGGUAUGAGAAUGUGAAUGAUUUUACAUUUCCAGUCCUGAUAUUUGUUUGAGAUUGUGGUAUUAUCUCUGGUAAGGGCACUUAAUGGGGCUGGAGAUUAUCAGAGGCGAAGAACUUUACAAUCGGUUCAUUUUAGUAUGGAAUUUGAUCAACUAUGCUCACAAUGUUUUCUGUUGAAGAUUCACUUCUAUUUUCAACCAUGCAUUGCUGCUUUUUCUUCUUGAUUAUUUCAAGGCUUGUUGCAGCUGUAAUCCGCUGAUCUGCUCACUUCUGCAUUUAGCAUCAACGUUUCAUGGAAGAGUCACCUAGUGGGCCUUGCUGCCAGAAAAUAGUUUCUUGGUUGCUGGUAGUUGGGAAUGUAGUCUUAUUCCAAAGAGCUUGUUUCUGUUUUGUUACGGUUAAAAAUGUCCAAUUUUAUGACGUGCCAAGAUGGAAUGUACUGUCAGGAAAAUUAUUGGCACCCUUGAUAAAGUUGAGCAAAUACUGUAUAACAAGUACUGAGCUAUAAUGUAUGCUCAAAAAUGAGAAAAUUCUAUUUUAUACUAAUACAGUUGCUCAGAGAAAGAGAUUUUAUUUAUCAAGUAAUAUUUUUUUCUCCAAAAAAGAUAGGUCAAAAUUAGUGCCACACUUGUUUUCAAUACAUCUCCUUGCGAGGAUAACGACACUAAGCCUUUUUCUACAAUGUUUGAUGAGAUUGGAGAACACAUUGGGAGGAAAAUUGGACCAUUCCUCCAUACAGAAUAUUUCCAGAUCCUUGAUUUCCUUCAUCUGCGCUUAUGGGCUACCAUUUUCAAUUAAAACCACAGGUUUUUCCAUGCGGUUCAAGUCUAGAAACUGAUGGCCAUUGCAAAAUGUUGAUUUGUGUGGUCAAUUAACUGGUGUGCGUGGCCAAAGAGCUCAAUUGUCAUGUCAUCUAACAAAUGGAGAUUGCUAAACGGCAUUGGCAGUUGGUUUGGAACCUUUGCUAUGGUCAGAUGACACUACAAUAAAGCCCUAGGCUUCCACAGAAUGAUGCAUAUGAAGAGAAAAAAACACCUACUGUUCCAUAUGGUGGUGGAUCUUUGAUGUUAUUGGGCUAAUUUGCUUCCACUGGUUCUGGGGCUCUUGUUAAGGUCAACGGCAGCAUGAACUUUACCCAGUACAAGGACAUUUUAGCCCAAAACCUGAUUGCCUCUUCUAGGAUGCUGAAACACAUUAAAAUCCACAAAGUAAUGGUUAAUUGACCACAAAAAUCAACAUCUCAGUCUCCGGACUGGUUUAAAUUGAAGAGGGCAGACGAAGGAUAUCGAGCAAGGAAAGAUUCUGUAUGGAGGAAUAGUCUGAGAUCCCUCCCAAUGUGUCAAUCUCAUAAAACAUUUUAGAGAAAGGCCCCGUGACAUUCUCCUCUGCAGGGCGAGUUUUUAAAACUAGUGAUCAUUUUUACCCGUCGUUUAAGAAAAGUUUUUUUGUAUUGUUAUAUUUUGUUUAUCUGAGCAAUUGCAUUAGUAUAACAUUUGUUGGACCUGACCGUCGGUGUGCAAUAAUGCCCUCACGUUGAUGAGACAGAGAGGGUGAUCUCAUAAAUAGUUUAUUUUUAUUAACAACAUGCCUGCAGUCCCUCACACACACUGAAUGCCAUCUUCCAUUUAAACAAACUGAAGCGUUUUUCAGGCAGGAGGCCACAGGUGUGUGCAAUCAGCAUAUUAGCAAGGCUUGCAAGCAGUCAGCUGACAAUAAAGGGACAUGUCACUCAUUCGAACGUUCAAACCAACAGUUAAAGGUUGUGCUGAUGAAUAAAGAUGAGUUUAUUGGAUUUGCAUGUGAUAAUGGGAUUGACAAAUUAGCUACGAUCCUAGAUAUAUAAACACACAAUAAAUACAUUCAUUCAUUUUACAGUGAAGGCUACUCCUUCACAGUCAGUAAUCAUUUCAGCCUGACUGCACAGUUUCACUCUCUGGUGUCUAUAAAUAUAGAUUUGUAGUGUCUAACUGGAAUCUAAUGGAUAUCAUCCAUAUUUUCCCACUACAUGUAGCCUAAGGCAUAAAUAUAUAAUCAGUAUAUUUCUAAUAUUAACUAUUAUACAUAUACAGACUAUUGUCUGUAGUCUUAUUGUGAAGGAAAUCCAGUUUGUCAUAAAUUUGUUUCUAUGUUUAUUGAUACUUUACACAAGAAUUUCACUACACCUGCAAUAACAUCUGCUAAAUAUGUGUAUGUGACCAAUAAAAUUUGAUUUGUUUGACUUGA